GUCAAUACGCGUCAAGUCAAACCACCCCCCCCCCCACCCGGGCCCAUCCCGCUUCCAAACUUCCCAACACUCGCCGCGGAUCAGGCUGCCUGCCGUUGACCAGCUGGAGGCAUGCUUCCCCGCCAGCUUCUGUGCGCCUUUCGGCUCUUCUGCGUCUGCCUUUUGGGGACCCGCGGCGCGGCCGCGCAAGAGGCGGGAGCUCAACCGGAGCUUUUCAUCUUCGAUGAGCUGUGCGCCCUGAAGGAGGAUCCGGGGCCUUGCAGGGCCCUGCGGGACAAGUACUUCUUCAACGUGGACACGGGUCGCUGUGAGCUGUUUGAAUACGGCGGCUGCGGAGGGAACGCCAACAACUUUGAAACGCUGGAGGCCUGCAGAGAAACGUGCCUGGUCUCAGAGGAUAAAAACCCGUGUCAUUUACCCGAAGCGGAAGGUCCCUGCCGCGGCCUGCUGACGCGUUACUUCUUCGACAACAGCACUCAGCAGUGCAAGCGCUUCUAUUAUGGCGGCUGCUUUGGCAACGCCAACAAUUUCCGCAGCAUGGCGGAGUGCCAGGCCAAAUGUCGCCAGCCAGGUGGGCUUUCCCGAUUUUGGUUCGUGGCACCGUUGCAAUGCCCUGCUUCCUUUUGCAGCUUGCUUCUUCUUUUGUUCGUGUGCUUUUUCAUGCUUUGGGCUGUUUUAGAAAGCCAAGUCCAAGUCCAGACCGGUUCCGGAGAAAUCGUUGACGUGCCAUCAACCGCCUUGACCGAUGCGAAGCUGCCCGAUGCGUGCUCGGCUCCCGUGGAGAAAGGAACGUGCGACGGCGGCGUGCGCAGGUUUGCCUACCAUGCCGAGGCCAGGAGGUGUCAAGAGUUCCUGUACAGCGGCUGUGGAGGGAACAACAACAACUUCAAGCACCGGCGACAGUGUAUCAGGAAGUGCAUUAAAAGUCAAAAGGAUCGUGGCAUGAAGAUGAUUCGAAUACGGAAGAAAAAUAUCCCCAGCAUUCUUCAUGGUUCAGUCUGAAGACGUCGGCCACAUUUGCAACUUGGGGAAAGUCGCCGCCUGUAGGCUAUUUGGGAAAAUAAGUGUUCAGCUUUUGCUUCGUCGUCACCGCAUGCAAUUUCAUUCAGUCCUUUUGGCAGCAUGAUCUAAUUGAACAGAUCUCACAGGUUCACGUUGACUUUUGUUUUUUUUUUUUUCAUUUGACAGAUUAAAUAAUCAUCUAUUUUUA